AUGGCCACAGUUCAGACCCAGACCAUCCUUCGGGACCCGCAACUAUUUUACUGGAUUCUCUUCCCGAUUACGGCUGUCAUGGUUCUAACGGGUGUACUACGACACUACGCUACGGUGCUGAUGCAGUCGGAUCCUAAGAAGCAGGAGCUUAGCGCUAUUUCUGAGCAGCGCAAUUUACUUCGGGGGGUAAACCUUCGAACAAAUCACAACCAGAUCCCGCUUUCGUCGUUUAUUGCGAGGAAAAAUUACCUUGUUGCGGCGUACAAUCGUGGGGACUUCCUGAAGGAUCCGGAGAAUAAGGGAAAGCCGCCGGCAAAUCCAAUGACGGAUCCAGCUGGGAUGGAUCAGAUGAUGAAUAUGCUUAAGGGAAACAUGGCAAUGAUGGUGCCGCAGACAUUGAUUAUGGGAUGGAUUAACGCUUUCUUCUCAGGAUUCGUAAUAAUGAAACUCCCCUUCCCCCUAACUCUCCGCUUCAAAUCCAUGCUCCAAUCCGGCGUUGCCACGCGGGAUCUCGACGUCCGAUGGGUCUCCUCCCUCUCAUGGUACUUCCUCAACCUCUUCGGCCUCCGUAGCAUCUUCACCUUCAUUCUCGGGAACGAGAACUCGGCCGACCAGAUGACGCAGCAGAUGCAGCAGAUGAAUCCUGCCAGUGGAAAUGCCAUGUUUGCACCGGGGCAGGACCCUAAUAAGAUGUUUUUGGCUGAGGCGGAAAAUUUGGAAGUUGUUGGUGGACAGCAUGAGUGGGUUCUUGAUGGGGUUGUUGAUAGAUUACUUAAGAGUAGGGUUUAGAUGAUCUUGGGCGGAAGGGGGGGGUAUUGGCAAUGGUAAUAGGACUUAGAUAUCAUCAAUGCAUGCGUAAUCUUUCGG